AUGCUCCGGACGGGAACGAGUGUUAUCGUUCAAAUAACGCGUUCCAAAUCGUAUCAUGGAAUCUACCACUCGCGCGUUUGCUGGGCGACGAAUGAAUCUGUAGGGCGGCAUCCAAACUUCCAAAUGUUUCCUGACCCCCGAGUGCCAUCAGCUGCUCUUGUCGACAAAACAAGCUGGCGUCGAUUCGGUGGACGCAAGUCAAAGCUCUGGCGCAACGCUCGCCGAAGAAAAUAUCUCUUCGACGACGAGUACAAAAAGCAGCGCUACGAAGACCUCUGCGAGUUCAGCAUCAGUCUGGUUCGACACGAAGAGCUUAUGCCCUCCAACUACGUGCGAUUCCACAUUCCUCGACAAAUGACCAAGUACGAGCUUUGGGACUACUUGAAUAAGCUCUACGACGUCAAGAUGGCUGAAAUCGAGCUCGAGGCCGUUCUGCCCGAGCCAUAUCAACACAUGAACAUCGAUGAUCCAGAAAACGAAAAGUAUCAAAAUUACAGCGACAAGUUCUUCCUCCAUGAUGGAAACUCGCCAAACUACUUCUCAAAUCAGCGAAACGAAGGGUAUGGCUGGAGAGAUCACCUGCACACUACUCCAACUACUCUACGAGAAUCGUCUGGCUACUGUAUCGCCCACUGCUAUCUUCCUGCUGGCGAGCAGUUCCAAUUCCCUGAACUCUUUGAUAGCGGAAACUACGAUUACUACAAUGAUCUAAUGAGUAUGACGAAGGUUCAGGAAAAAUUCAGAGCGCGAAUGAAAAUUGACGAAAAAGGAAACGGAGAGCAUCUUCUUUCCCGGGCGUUUGCAGAUGCGCCUUUGUCGUCUGGUUUCGAAGCUCCUGAACACGACGCCCAAAUGGUCGACGAGUAUCAGAAUAGAAGCGCAGCGAUUGAAAAAGCAGAGGAAGACAUCGAGCAUCAUUGGAAAAUUAUAAAUCAACUGUCGCCAAAUGAAGAAGCGGAAAUCGCAUUUAGAAAAAGACAAAUUAACAAUUUACACGAAUGGAUAAAGAUAUGGACUGAAAAAGCGGACGCGAUAGGGGACGAAUAUGACCACGUUGUCCAAAGCUUCAAAAAAUUUGAAGCAGUCGGCCAAGAAUCAUAUCGAAACGACAACAGCUUCAAGAACAUCUUUAAACUAAGUGGAAAGAGCAAAGACAAAACGGAAAACGUCACACUCUCUUCGCGCGAUCUACAAGGCAUUGUUUCUGAUUAUUACAACGCGAAGAGUUGA